UAAUUUAGAUAUCCACUAAUAUAUCAACACGUGUCCAUGUUCAACAUCAAUUACAGCCAGAUCUUAUCAUUCCUUUGAAUUCACCAUUUCCACAUGUUAACGAAACCCUAACAAAGACUUUCUUUGAAGCUUCACUAAUAUCUCCGGCAGCUGUUUCAGAUCGGCGGAUCUUUUAACCCCUUUCCGCGUUUAAUCGGCGAACACCGACAAAGGAUAAUUGUAUCAAAAUGAGUCGCCCACAGGACCCACACAAACCGUUUCUCUCAUUUGGAAACCCGUUCCGCAUGAUGAUGCCCAAGGCAUCGUGCCUCCCUCCCAAGCUCCUUGAAUUGCUAAAAGAUUUCGAGGAGUCAAUAGCAAAGCAUCUUGUAAAGCUUAAACCAGCUGAAAAGGAAGAUGUUCUUAGUAUGUUUUGGUUGAGAAGCGCAAUGGAAUCGCUGUGUGGAAUUCACACCGAGAUUAAGGUUCUUAUCACUGAACUUGAACUACCGGUCUGUGAUUGGGAUGAAAAGUGGAUCGACGUGUACCUUGACAGCAGUGUGAAGUUGUUGGACAUCUGCAUCGCUUUCAACUCAGAGAUUUCUCAACUGAAUCAGGGCCACCUUUUCCUUCAAAGCGCAUUGCAUACCUUGGGCAGUGCUUCGGAAAACCAGUUUGUGAAGGCUCGCUCGUCGCUGGAUGGUUGGAAGCAGCAUGUGGGCUGUAAGAAUCCUAGACUCGACAAAUGCUUCUCCGCGAUGGAAAGUCUUGUCCUGGCAUUAGACCUUCCUAAAAUCAAGAACUCUUCUAAGGGAAAAGUUUUGAUGCGAGCCAUGUACGGAGUGAAGGCAGUGACUCUAUUUAUAUGCAGUGCUUUCGCCGCUGCAUUGUCUGGUUCUGCAAACAAGAUGAUCGACAUACAAGCUCGGGAGACAUUGUGGGCGGAAGCGUUCACUGAUCUCCAAACUUUUGUGAAUACUGAAAUCAGAAACAGAUAUUCUAACGGUGCUCUCACAGUGUUGGAAGAACUAGAAGCUGUCGACGCCAGUGUCAAGACAUUGUAUCCGAUUGUGCAAGACGGCGUUAGUCCCAUUCAAGCCGAAGCAAUACAUGAAUUGAAAUCUGAUUUGGAAACUUCAGCUGACCAAUUCUCCCGGGGCCUGGACCAGCUCGCCAAGGAGGUGGACAGAUUCUUCCAAGUUGUUCUAACCGGGCGCGAUGCUCUGCUUGGCAACCUCAGGAACAGUGGUAAUGUAUCGAAUCAUUUGCAGAGAAGCCACAGUUUUGAAAGCCAGGCUGUGAGGUGAACCCUCUGUAUGUACAUACCGAAUCUGCAACCGAUGCAAAUGAGGUAUUCAAUGUCAUGUUUUAUCGUUGAAUGUAGAAUGUUUGAUGUCUAUAUAUGUUGGUUUUGUUGCAGUAUAUCGGGGGCUGUUUGUUGCAAUGUUAUAAUCGAUGAGUAUGUGAUAAACUUAUAUGUAAUGUAUAAAUGUAAGUGUGUUUGCUGUA